AUGUGGUCAAAAGUUCAAGAGCUUGCAAUACGAGGACAUAGAGAUUUUGGUAAAAUUAAUGUAGAUACAAUACAAACUUCAAAUGAAGGAAACUUUAGGGAACUAUUGCGGUAUAGAGCUCGUGGUGAUCUAAAGCUUAAAACAUUUCUUGAAGGUCCAGGUGAACGAAAUAAAUAUGUUAGUCCUACUAGCCAAAAUGCUAUUAUUGAUUGUUGCAACACGGUAAUACUUAAUAAAAUUGUAGCUAAAAUAAAUAAAGCAAAAUGUUUCACUGUCCUCGCUGAUGAAACUGCCGAUGUAUCUGGUAUAGAGCAAGUGUCUUUAUGUGCUAAAUAUGUUGAUGUAGAUGAAUUAGUUGUCAGAGAAGAUUUUUUGCAAUUUGUUCCCACAAACGAUUUAACUGGCAAAGGCUUAGCAACCCUAAUUAUUGAAAAUUUGAAGGCGUUUGGGAUAGAACUUAAGUAUUUACGUGGACAGGGGUACGAUGGGGCUGCAGCUAUGUCUGGACAAUUUAAUGGUGUUAGAUCACAUAUUGCUCAAUUAUAUCCGAUGGCAACUUAUGUACACUGUACAGCACAUACCUUAAACUUAGCAGUAUCUAAAUCCUGUACAAUACAACCAAUUAGAAACUGCUUGGGUACGAUUGGAAAAACACGAGAUUUCUUUGUAUACCCCAAGAGAAAAAAUAUACUUUCACAAGCGAUCGAAGACUUUAAUGGAACAAUUAAUACAAAAACAUUAAAACGCAACUGUGCUACAAGAUGGAUCGAACGUUUUCAUUCAGUUCAUGAUUUUAUUGAACUUUUAGAAUGUGUCAUUGAUUCCUUAGACACUAUUAGUAGUUGGGCCGAUGGUGAUACCUCAAGUCAAGCAAAUAAUUUAAAAAAUUCAAUCUUACAAGGAGAGUUUAUCAUAUCACUUUUGGUUUUAUCUAAAAUAUUUGCCAUUGGAUUGCCACUGUCUAAACAAUUCCAAAGCGUUGCUAUUGAUUUAAGAGAAGCUAUGGUUUUAGCUAAUGCGACACUGUCUGAAUUAAAAACAAUUCGAAGUAACGUUGAUGAAUAUUUUCAUGAUAUCUACACAAAAGCAUCUGCUCUAGCUCAGGAGUUGUGUUUUUCAAUAACAUUACCUCGAAUUGCACGUAAACAAAAAAACAGAGAUAACUAUUCAGUGAAUAAACCUGAAGAAUAUUUUAAAAUAACAAUAUUCAUACCCUAUUUAGACUUGUUUAUUAACGAAAUUGAAUCAAGAUUUAUUGAACAUCAGAAAAUAUUAAAAGGAUUUCAAAACUUAUUUCCAAAAACGUCAGAAAUGUCAACACUUGAAAAAGAUGAAUUUAUUAGUUUGAUAGAGUUUUAUAAUGAUGAUUUGGUAGAUAACAAUAAAGAUAUUUUGAUAUCUGAGUUAAAACUUUGGCAACGUAAAAUACUUGCAUUAGAUAAACAACCUAAAAAUGCUAUGGAUGCUUUAAUUAUCUGCAAUGACAUGUAUCCAAAUAUAUACAAAUUACUACAGAUAUUAGCAACACUACCUGUUUCAACAGCUUCAUCCGAAAGGUCUUUUUCGUCAUUGAAGAGAAUUAAAACGUACCUAAGGAAUACAAUGUCAGAGAAAAGAUUAAAUGGAUUGGCAAUGCUGUCUAUUCAUCGUUUAAUAUCAGUGGAUGCAAAGGAAGUGUUGGACGAAUUAUCUACAAGCAAACGACGGGUGGAUUUUAUUUUAUGA